GAAGCAUAGGGAAGUCAAAAAAUCCUGUGUGCUUCUUGUGCUUUAUGUCUGUUCUUGAGUUUCCCACUUAAACCUGCAGUAAAGAUGUUGUCACGAAACCUUGUAGUUGCCUCAAUAGCAAUUGUCUUUCUGGCUACAGCAGUUUCAGCUGCUCCAGUCGAAGACAAAGAACCAGAGGAAAAUGAUUUUGAAGCAGAGGAGGGUGAGGAAGAGCUCUCAGAGGAAGAAGAGGAUGAUGAUGACUCCAAAGGUCAACAUAUGAAGGGAGCUGGAGCCCAGCAAGCCACAAAGGUGCCCAAGGGCCCUGGUGUGACUGUUCUACCUGGCAUUUCUCCGGUGGGCGAACCUCCAAACGGUCACAAAGUGAAUGGAGCUGGUGCUUUACAGGCAAGCCUUGGCUCAGCAAGUGGAUCCUCAGUCCAGGCAGUUGGAACUGAUGGAAGUAACGGAAAAGACUCUCAAGCUUUGCCUUCAAGUUCUCACGGUACAGUUCAUGGUCAUGGGAGCUCAGGGUCCAAAGUCCCUGGUGCAGCUGAAACUGCUUAUUCAGACACUGCUUCUCAUGGGUCAUCAAGCCAAGUAGCACUGAGUCAUGUGUCUUCAGGCCAAAUGUCUUCAAACCAUGUGUCAAGUCUGAUGAUAUCAGGACACACAAGUGGCUCAGCUUUUGUUUCCUCUGAAAUCCAGUCACAGACAGAGGAAGCAGCAACUACAGAUGGAACUGCACAUGACAUUGGUGACUAUGGUGAAAGCCAGGCAGUUCAUCUUGGAUCUCAGAUUGAAGCUCCAGGCUCAGAGUCAAUAUUAGAGAAACCAGAGACGGGUUCAGAGACUGAGACCAAUGGCAAUGGACACAAACAUCUCAUUAAUGGACAGGAGACAGGACACGCAGGCAUGAAUAAUUUCAUGGAAGGCACGACUCAAAUAGACUUGACAGGUGGUUUUGAUUCAUAUGGUUCCAAUCUGGAAAUGACAGGCAUUAUAGACCAUUCCAGCCAUGACUUCCUUAUUGGUUUAAUGGGUGGCAUUGGGGACGGCUUUUCUCCAGAUCCUUACACCGACACUAUAGCAGAUCACAUGGGACUCAAUUUUCAGGUAGAGUCAACAGGAGCUGGAUUAGAUCCUGGAUUUCCAGCCAUUAUCAGUUCAGCUCAACCAGCUCCUCACGCUGCAGAAAAUGGUCCAGCUGCUUAUGCCAGUGUGACCUCUGACAAUGGUGCUCAACUCGGCUCCCCUGGAGAUACGACAGAGGGAGCUGAUAACAAUGGUGCUGACUCACCCAAUAUAAAUGGCAAUGGCCGUCUCAGACCGGUUCCAGACAUCCACAAAGGUGAUGCUCCGGAGAUCGGCAUCCACCUUUACACCACAGGUGAACACCAAGGACUCAUUACACAAACAGACACAGCAGAAACCCUGGAUGUUAUAUACCCUACUGCUAGCCCUGUCACCAAAAUCCCCUCGGACACUGCGGUCACAUCACACACUGAAGGGGUGGGACCGCAAACGGACGUGACAGCAGGUUUAAUAGGUGAACCAGUGACUAACGGACACAAACAGAUUAACAUAACAAUCAUGGCUGAUUCCAUCUACAGCUCUAGACCAUCAAAUACAUUAGGGUAUGAAAGCACUGGUGUGACUGAAGGAAUCGAAACCAUACAGAUUCUGUGAUUGAUAAUAGAGCUGGAAUUACAGAUGCCUCACAGACACAUAGUAAUAUGGUUCAGACAGAGAUCAGAGUCACAGGGGAUCCAGUUGGAGUCUCCUCACAGACAGAUGCUACAGGAACAGCUGUAGCUGAACUUCAAGGGACUCUCAGGGGUCUGAAUCAACCUGGUGCUACGGAACAGACACAACCAGCUGUUUCAGCAGGUGAACAGUACCACACAUCUGGUCAGGGUCCUGAAGGUGCAGAAAAUGUGGAACUGGAAGAUACCUGCUGAUUUUCACAUGAAGCCACGUGUGAAGUUUCUGCGCUACAGAUUUCAGUGUAUGGAACAGACGGCCUGGCAGAGGAACAGCGACCCCAACCAAUAGCCUUAGCUUUGAUUCCAGUGUCUCAGUUUUUUAUUUUUUUUAUUUUAAGUUUAACUAUUUAAACACCGAGACAAGACGACACUGUAAUGAAUAUUUUAUGGCACCUGUUUUCUACGGCCACAUUGUAUUGAAAUAGUUUAAUGCGAAGGGGUGAGGGAUAAAUUUAGUGAUGGGGUGAAAGAAAAAAAGAAUUGACCUUUUUAAACCUUGUUAAAAGCAGACCGUACAAUUCCAAUUUUCAUUUCUAACUUCUUUUCCUAUGUCUCGCUGUAUUUCCAUGCCUAGCUGUAUCGAGCAAUACUCUCUCCAAGUGUCAUAUAUUGUACAUUUCCAAAUGUCAGUUGAAAAUCACAUUAAAAUUUUAACAUCUAUUUUGAA